GGGUGCCGAUGGUGACGGAGAAAAAUGUCGGACAUGACACGUUCACGCUGAGGUGCACGCCGGGGGUCCCAGGCUGGCGCGGCCGGCGUCGCGUAUCUAGGAAGGUCCUCGGUCCCCUUGGUGUGCAUUCCAACCACUUCUUUAGCGAGCUAAAACCAUCGUAAAAUUGUAGCCAUUUGUGACAAUCUGCGCUCAAUCAUGAGCUCUCCAGGGAAGGAAGCUAGUCAAUCGAUAUGUUCGGGGGGGAGGGACGUUUCCCCGCAGCCCGGCACUUCUCGCGCGAAUGUAACACCGGGACCCGCAGAAGCAACGCCGACCUCGCAAUAUAGGCAGAUAUUGUCUUCUUGCGUGGAAGACCUCGUAGUUGAUAUGACGCCGAGUUCCCCGAAAAGACCGUCCGCGGUAUCCGGAAAGGCUCCUCUGAAGCGCAAACCAGUCGAUCUUAACGGUCUCUUGGCCAUGGAGAACCCGUACAAAUGGGGCAUAGUCUGCUCGAAUGCUUACGCAGAGCGAUUCGAAGACUUUCUACUCAUAUGUCCCCAGCGGGCGCACGCCGAUGCGAAGAUUUACAUCGCGAAGGGUGACGAAGAAAUAGACCCAUAUUUGAGUAUGACGUGUCAUAUUCAGGCUGCUUCGAUAUAUGCCGUCAUUGCUCAAUUCGCCCUGAAGUAUCGCAAAGAACCGCACGCCGCGGCACCCAUGUACGAGCUAGGCAUUUCCCUCUUGGACUCGAUUAUCGAUAAGCUCGAGUUCGAAGAUAAAUUAACUUGCAAGCAGCAGCGCUUCCACAUUCUCUGCUUGAAAUUCAAGUCCUGGCUGCUUUACCGAAGUUACGCGAUGUUCGAUGCGUCGGAUAGACUCCGGCUUGAACGAGAUUGUCAGGAAUUCCUCGCGAUCGGGGAAUCAUUGCGAUUCACACGGGAUUCGGAUCUUCCUGGACCUAUUGAGUUCCCAACUGGAGAAUUCAUGGAUGUGUACAGAUUUAGAGAAGGACAGCAUUUUCUGCUGGAAUCACUACGGUCUUGGGACAAGGCUGAAUGGAUUCUGGACAGGAAUAAGUACCAUCAACUCUUCUUCCUCGCAAGCGAGAGUGCCGUGGAGAAAUACGUCGAUUUCAUGAGUCUGACCAGGCACAUGCUUGUAUUUGUGAGAGAAACACUUUGCCGUUUGUAUAUGUUUGAUGAGCCGGGAAGCUAGAUCGUAAGCUGUCGAUUGCAUUUUGUGGAAACCUUGAUCAUCCUACUCUACAUGAUAUAUAUCUGUCUCGUAUCAAUUCACUCCACUAGUGAAACUCACCACUAUCAACAACAUCCAUCUUCUAACUUUUGAAUUUUUCGACGUAAACGGAUGGUGAAUUCGAUAAAACAAGUGACCCUCCUAGUCGAUCCGACAACGGGGAUUAAAUCUGACAGAA